AUGCAGUCUACAGAAACCAUUCAAGCGGUGCAAGACUAUUAUGGAGGAUUAGCUGAGCGCGGCUCCACGGACAGGUCUGAGGGCUAUCAGACCAGCGUUGCGAAGGCGUUUGGUUAUGACCCAGAGGAUCUGAAAUCCCUUCCCGAGAAUGCGAAUCUUGGAGUCAGCUGUGGUAAUCCUUUGGCGUUGGCAAGCCUAAGAGAAGGUGAGACAGUGAUCGAUCUAGGAAGUGGCGGCGGCAUCGAUGUCAUUCUCGCUGCGCGCAAAGUCGGUCCGAAGGGAAAGGCUAUCGGAGUCGACAUGACCAAAAAAAUGCUGGCUCUCGCCCACGAAAACGUCGAAAAAGCAGGCAUCACCAACGCUUCCUUUGUCGAGGGAUUCAUCACUGCUAUCCCACUUGAGGAUUCGACCGCUGACUGCAUCAUCAGCAACUGUGUCGUCAAUCUCGUGCCAAAAGAGCAAAAGAGCCUUGUCUUUCAUGAGAUGUUCCGGCUUUUGAAACCUGGAGGUCGAGUUGCGAUCAGUGACAUCCUUGCUCGGCGGGAGCUGCCGCCCGAAAUCGCGAACGAUUUGGCGCUGUAUGUUGGCUGCAUCGCUGGUGCAAGUCAGGCCCAACAGUACCAUGCGUAUCUGAAGGACGCCGGGUUUGACGACAUAAUGAUUGUGGACACUAAAGCAGACCUCAACGUCUACAAAGAAAUGCCGCAAGAGAAGUCUGCCUGUUGUGGCAUGUCCUGCUCCAACCUUCAAAUUAAUGACAAAAUUCGGGACUAUGACUGUAAUGAAUGGGCUGGCUCCUUCCAGAUAUACGCCGUCAAGCCAGCAUUGUGA